CGGCACACAGCGAUUAUUGGGAAAUCGGCGAUUACGUCGACAUGUUAGAAGAGCGCUUUCUGCAGAUAUGCGGCGUGGCGGGGCAUGACGUCAUUGGGAAAGAAUGUCGCGGAAAAAUCAAAUAGACGUGUGCGGCCCACUACCAGCACCACUGUCGUGCCCCUGUCAUGGUAUGGCGACGGCGGGCAAGAGGGUGAGAGAGACACCUUAUCAGGACUUCUCUCGCAUCAAGAAGGGCGCGCUCACCAGGAGGGCGGCCAGGGGCUUCACAGCAUUCGAGGACCUGUUCACGGACCCCUCCUUCCCGCCCGACUGGUCCUCCCUGACCUACGUCUACAGCGGGGACGACAAGUAUGAGAGGACAGUCUUCAGACGGCCGCCGGAAGUGCAAAACAACCCAGUGUUUAUCGGUGUGGGCGGAAUCCCCGACGAACCGUUUCCAUGGAGACACUGGCGCCAGAGGGCGUGGUUCCAAGCCGCGAUCAGCAUACUCUCAAUGAAUGUCCGCUUCCUCGACAAGUUUGUUCCGGGCUAUAGGAAUCAUGAGCAGAAUUUCGGCGAGGAUUACAUAGGAGCCUUCCAUUUCAACAUCUGGCGAUUUGGAGAGUGGGUGGACAUUGUCGUUGACGAUUACCUCCCCUGGCUGGAUGGCGCCCACUUCUUCUGCAAGGCGAUAGGAAACCCGCCGGAGUACUGGGCCCCACUGGCAGAGAAAGCUUAUGCAAAUGCAGCAUUCGACGUCGACGAGUGUCAGAAAGAAAUGGGCGUUGAUGUGGAAGAACGACGUCAUCUUCACAUUGUCACGGCAACGACAAAGUUUCCCUGUAAAGAUGGACACAAUAUCGAAAUGAUCCGACUCAAGUGCCUCUUCUCGAAAGAACCAAAGUGGAGAGGAAAAUAUUCUGACUACGACACUCUGUCGUGGGACAUGAUCAACGCCGAGUUCAUGGACAAAUAUCGACCUCUAACCCGGAAGGAGGACGACGAGUACUGGCUGCAGAUGGAGGACUUCCGGUGCAACUUCGGCGGCCUCAUCAUCAUCAGCUCGCAGGAGCCGUACAGCCAGGAGGGGCUGAACGUGGAGCGGCGCUACCUCGCCCCCAGCAGCGCGUCCGUCAGGCAGGCCCAGCACGCCACGCCCACACAGGCGGCCAGCCAGUACAAGAGGCCCUCCGCGCCAUAUCUAGGCAACGUCAUGAACAGAAGCGCUGAGGCGGCAGCGGGUUCCGCUAGCUCUCGGGUCUCUCCGCUGGUGGCCGUGACGCCCCAGAACGCCGUCGACGAUCCGGAUAUUGACGAUCGUAAAGAGUGUUUAGUAGACACGGACGCUGACGGUGAGGUGUUGGUAAUCGAACUGGAUCCUGGUGCACCACCACCACCACCACUAACAACAACAGAAGAAGAUGGCAAGUUUUCCACAAAGGCUGAUGUUUCUGUUGUUUCAAACGACGGUGCUAGAGAGAAUGUCGAUUACUCGUUGGCUCAUCAUACGCCGUGUUGUGGCGCGUUAGCUUCACGUGCAACCGAAAGUCGUGUUGUAAAGAAAGCAGAAGACACUGGGAAAUUCGAAAGGACGUACUCGAACUUCGUUGUUGAAAAAAGAAAAACACGCGUGACAGACGCAACAGGGCAGAUUGUGAAUUCCGAUACCUGUGCGAGGACGCACCCAGAGAAAGAACAGAUUUUAAAUGGAGUAAAAAGUCACACUUCACUAGUUUCGAAAUUCUCGCCUGGCUUUUUGGGACGGAAAAAGACCGGUGUGGCGGAAAGCUGCCCCCGGGCGUCUGACAACAACGGUUACAUCAACACGGACCCCUGUGUAAACAGAAAUGUAGAAGCGGCCUUCGUCGACGUCGCCCAAAAGACUUCGCAAAACUGUGCCAUGGACCCCGAGACCAAAUCGUGCGUGUCAAAUAAAUACAGUCACGUGGACAGGGCGUCACGUGACGCGCCUGCGCAGCAUGUGAUAUCUCGACGUCACAGGCGGGCGGAGAAGCAGCAACCAUCGGUGCCAAAUUUACGCCAAUCAAAGCACGACCACCAGUGUUUCGCCCGCAAGAUCAGCCUGCCCCAUUUGUCGAACUCGGCCCUUCACCUGCCCAACAAAGGCGGAGCGGCCAACGCCAGCAGACGGUCGUCGACGCCGCAGCAGCAGCAGCAGCAGCAGCAGCAGCAGCAGCAUCAUACGGAGUUUCCCGGCAGGCGGCGCCUCGACAGCGCAACCUCGGUUUCGACGGUUCACUCGGAUGCGCGGAGCUGCUACAGCGCGUCCGAGAUCUCGAUUCACAUCCGGUCUCAGCUGUCGAUAGACGACACUGCCGGUCGACCCAUGAGCGCCCCGCUCCAUAGGAACCUGUCCACUGGUUCUCUCAGCUCGCUCACACAAAGCAACUUCCUGGCCAUCAAGGCGGACUACUUCAAGGCGCACAGUCGCUGGAGCUGCAUUGUCGAUCACAAAGGAAGAUGGACAAAAACCAGGAGAGGGAUCUCAAGAAGUAAUCUUGACGAGCACUCGAAGAAUCCGCGAAUCAUGUUCGCUGUUGCUAAGACUGACGUCACCGAUUCCGUCACAGUGGGAAUGCAGGGGAAGCGUCACGUGCUCAUCUCGGUGUUACAGGAUUACCGUCACGGACCGUCAACCGCCAACAGUCUACUCGUCCCCAUAGGAUUUUGUCUCUACAAGGCAAAGCACCCGGAUCGAGACGAGAAGCGUCACGUGUCUAAGCUGCAGCUGAUUGGCGAGGUGGACGGGAAGUCGGAGAUGCGCGAGAUUCACUCGAGAUUCGACGUAGACCCCGGAUGUUACUUCGUCGUUCCGUACUACGUGGCGCAGUCCCACGAGGGAGAGUUCAUUGUUCGAGUUUUAGCCGAAGGAGACCCGACUGGCGGGAAGGCGGGCUGCAUGAUGUCAUGACCUUCGAGGACCCUCACUUGGACAAAGAGGUCACGGUCAAACAUGGCCGCUGGUGAGAGAACAUGUGCCACACUAACUGCCCGUGCGUCAAUUCGUAUUUCCACCUGUUAAAUCCUGAUAACACCGAUACACUUCAGAACAGAAUAACCUGACGCGGACUACUUUGCUACCAUCGUUGACUUGUGUAUGUGUUUGUGUGUAUGGGUAAACCAAGUAAAGGUAUUGUUACA